AUGAACGGCGACGCGGGCCUGGUGGGCUGCCUAGUGGAUAGGUUGACCACGAGACUCCCCCACCGCACCGGCACGCCAACACAAGACCUAUCCCAGGAUGACAUCGUCUCCAUCACCCGCGCCUCGCUGGUUAAGAUCAGCGCCUCAUCCAUCAGCCUUAUCCUCGAUGCUCUCCUGACUCUCCUCGAGGAACUCAACCGUCCUUACAAGACCGUACAUGCCCACCCACCCCAUGUGCUCCUCUCGGAACUCUAUGUCGUCGAGCUCAUCGCGGACUGCUGUGCCAGCAAUUGGUAUCGUAAGAAGGGUCCUGGCGACAGACCGGGCCCUGCCCCCAAUCCCGAUGGCUCACUCUCGCCUUCGCAGCGAGCCACCUUCCCUCCUCCGGAACCACUCAGCGACAUACAGCUCGGCCGCAUGUUCGAGGUCACCAAGCAGCACAUGCGGGCGCCGUCGAAAGCCAACGUCAAGCUCAUCGUUGAGUACGUAACGGCGUCAACAUGGACCGCCGGCUUCGAGUUCUUCCGCAAUGUCAUGUACGCGGCGCGUAACAUACCCAAUCAGGGGGCCGCCGUAGCUCCGAGCUCUACCGCUGCCGAUGAUGAGCGUGCCGCGCUUGUCAUGCUACGCCUCGUCUCGUUUUUUUGGGCUGACAGUCAGAAGCUGAGUCUCGUCGUGCAAGAGCUCUGCUCCAGCUUCCUGCACUACCGAAAGUCCUUCCAGAACACCAUCGCCGUCGUCAUGCCGCAGAUCAUCACCCGCUGGUUGGACAGGUACCCAGCCGAAUUUGUCCAAUUGCACUCCAUGACCAGUCCGAAGCGCCGCGAUAACGCCCCCGAUACUCUGUUCGACAUGACCUUGACAAUUGGCGAUAACGGACGCCGCAAGGGCAUGUUUCCGAUGCAGAUGACACUGCUGUUCCUCCAGCCGGAUGUCUUUGAGGUGGCCAGCAACAUGCGCGAAUCCAAGGGGGCUAGUAUUGCUAAGAAAGUACAAUUCCUUGAUGGACUCAGAAAGGCCCUCAGAAACCGGAACGAGCAAGCCGCCUUUUGUCUCGUGCUGCUGCUCAGGGCCGCGCGGCAUUUUGAUGCCGAGAGCGACUCGGCACUGAUGAGCUACGCCAUGGAUGUACAGGACGAGGUUCGGGACGCCGUUUUCCGGCGGUUCACGCCCGGCGCAGAGGCUGUGUUGUACGAGCAGGACAUCAUGACCGCCGCGUUUGUGUCGCUGCUGCAUCUCAAUUUUGAACACUCGGUCGAGUCUCUCGCAGUGUCCUGUCUCUCGUCUUCGGCGCCGCACAGCUUCAAGAUUGCCGUUGUCCAGGCGUGUGCCCACUUUGCGCGCUUGGAGAACAACCAGAAAUAUCAGCCCCUGUUUAGCACCGCCAUGGCCGUCCUCCUUGCCGACGGAUACAUCGAAGACCACAGCGCCCAGCGCAACGCUGUGGAGAGCCCCCCGUCAAUCAGCAUGGUGUGCAAUAUCUUGAGCUUCCUCGAUGCCUCGCCAAUGACCCUCUUCGAGGGCCCGCCCGCGGACGAGGAGGAGCGAGAUCAGUUCUACGAAGAGAAUCUGGGCGCACUCAUAUCGUGUAUCAUCGCCGCUGAUGAAUCCGUCAGGCGGCUGGCGACGGGCGUUGCCAAAAGGUCGCUCAUUCUCAUCUCCAUCUGUGACAAGGCUAGGUUACCCUGCACGGCUGAGACGCUCAGAUCUAUCAACGGGUAUCUUGGGUCAAGACUGCUUCUCUUGACAUCGAUCCCGGUACAUCAUUACUCCCUUCAAGCUCAUGUGGCAGAUUUGCUAACCCCCGAGCAGGAACUGGGCCACACUUCAGACGACAUACCCGAGCGAACUGCUGCAUCAAGCAAGCUAGAGAGGCUAUUCCUAGUCUCGCUCUGCUCAGCGGAUAUGGAAGCUUGCCAAACCGUCAUUUCCUGCAUCAGCACCUUCCUCGACGAAUGCCGCCUCAUUGACACUGCUCCGGCAACGGCAAAAUCAUCCUUGACUCUCCUUCGCAAUGGCGAAAUCUUUGGCGAGAUCUCAUCUCGUGACUUCAGGUUCACCGGGAUCGUGGCAUUUCAGAAGAGGGUUAGGGCCCUCUUAAGACGCAUGCAGUACCCCAGCGCCGGUAUUCUCGACGCCUGGGAGUUUGUCUUUGACAAGUGGCUCCAUCUUUCCAUGGAGAUUUCACAAGCGGGCGCCGGCCAAGCCGUCACAGAAAGGAUGGUGGCUGAGUGGCGGAACUAUUCGGGCUUUCUCGCCUCGUUGGGAGGCAUCUGUACCGCCGAGCAGGCCACCAACCUUGAGGAGCCUGCUAUCAGCGGGCUGAAAUGGAUCGACCGUCUGUCGUCCGGAAACCACGAAGAACCGCUCCUGACGCGCUACCUUAGGCUAAGCAUUCAGCUGCUGGCGUGCGCUAACGUCCGCGUCCGCGAGACUAUGAGGGAGGUCCUCUCCUCCGAAGUACCACCGUCCCUGUUCCAACCCCUGUUCAAGGCGCUUGAGACGGAACUCGAUGUGCUCUUCGCCGGUGCUCUUGAGCCGAGUAUCAAAGGUCAGGAUAACGACAUCAUCUUUGCGGAGCAGUCCUCUUCGCUCCUGAAGGUCCUCGUUGAGCGACUCGACACGCCAUCGGAUCUCGGCGCCGCAUCGACUCUCCACCUCGGCGGCCUCUGUCUCAAUUUUGCCAAAAGCCUUGACGGCGUCGCCGAGACACCCAACAGCCUCCGCGUGAAGAUCAAGAUUUGCCAGCUCGUCGAAGCGGUGACAAAACGUAAGGAACAGCUUAACUUGCGCGAUGAUGUGCGUAUCCGCAACCAGCUGCUCGAGUACAUCUUUCGUUGGAUCGCUCGGCCGCGCUCUCCCCGCGAUUCCGCGCCUACUGCGGGCGGCCGCCAGGACGAGAUGCUCCGCGUCCAGCGCGAUCUUGACAAAGCCUGUCUCCGCUCCCUUUCCACACUUACCUUCAGGCUGCCACUCCAGCCGGGCGACGGGCAGACCGAUGUCGGCACCAGCGAGCUCAAGUCGCAGAUGUUCCAUCAGUACUUCAACCGCUUCCUAUCGCUCCUUAAUAUAGAUUCGAAUGGGCCGGACUUGGGUCGCGUGGGUGAUCCUCAUGGCUACCAUGGUAAUUAUUAUCUUGGUUCUAGUGGCAGCGGACCCGGAGCUACGUCCGAGGCAUCGAUGUCGGACCUCGCCAUCACGAUCCUGUCCAAUCUCCUCAGCGCCAAUAUUGAUGUCGGCCUCAAGCAUUCGCUGAGCAUAGGAUACCACGAGAACCCGGAUAUCCGGACCGCGUUCGUCAGGGUUCUGUAUAAUAUCCUUAUUCAAGGGACUGAGUUCAACAACCUGAGCGAUGCUGCCGUGAAUGAGAAGUAUGAUAAGCUGUUGGAGCUUCUUGCGAGUGACCCGAGCUUGGCUGCAGCCAUGAGCGCCGUCUGCCCCAGUCAUGAGGUGGAUGAGCUCACCAUCUCCCUAUUGAAUAUUUAUGAGUCGAGAGGAUCAUGUUACGUGCUCCUCGAGGCCCUGAUUAAGCAGGAGAUCGAGGAAACAGAUAACGAGUCUGAGCUCCUGCGCCGAACAUGCGUGGCCACCAAAAUGUUGACCAUCUACGCCAAGUGGAAAGGUGUCGACUACCUUAAGGACACGCUGCAGAAUGUCGUUGAGCGGCUCAUGAUGACGUCCAAGGACCUCAGUCUGGAACUUGACCCGGCCAGGGUCAGCUCUCCAGAGGAGCUGCAAACCAACGCGAACAAUCUUCAGAUAGUGGCACGGGUGUUCAUCGACAAUAUCUGCGGCUCGACGUCAAGCAUGCCGGCCUCGUUUCGCCAGAUUUGCAAUAUCAUCUCGGAAGCGGUCGUGGAAAGAUUCCCCGAUGCCAAGUACACCGCCGUGGGGGCCUUUAUCUUCCUACGCUUCUUCUGCCCGGCGAUUGUUGCUCCCGAGGCCGAGGGCUUGGUGGCAACUCCGCCUUCGAAGGAAAUGCGCCGUGGGCUGCUACUUAUCGCCAAAGUCAUCCAAAACCUGGCAAAUAACGUUCUCUUUGGCGCUAAGGAGCCGUACAUGUUUCCGCUGAUUGAUUUCCUGACUAACAAUAUCUACAAAGUCACGACCUUCUUGCGAGAGAUCUCGGUUCCGCCAACUGCCGUGGACACGAUCGGUAGGGGAGAAUCGUUCGAAUUUGGCUCUUGCGUGGCCCUCCACAGGUUUUUAUACGAGCACUGGGACCACGUGCGCCAGCGGUUAGCCUCCAAGGAGAAGAGAGAGUUCGUGCGGUCGCCGGCCGAGUCGACAAGGAGCCGGACGCCCGUGAUUGAACCGCUGAGGAACCUCAUCAUGAACCUGGGCCCACCGCCUCUAGCCGUGACGUGGAACCGACCACAAAUCUCCGGGAACAGCCCGCCGUCUUAUUCGAGAUUCCAGGACUUCAUGCUCCGCAACGCCUUCCGGAGCGCUGAGUCGUUCCUCACAGCCCGCGCCGUUUACGACGGCGGCGAGAGCAAGGACGGGCUAUCCAUAAUCUGCAUUAUUUUGCGCAACAUCGACGCCGAGUCUAUCGACUAUGACACUUUGAUUUACUGCUACCUCAAGAUUGCCAGCCGGCUGUGGCAUCGGCCCUUUGGUCUCCUCAUCGACUCGACGUAUUACAGCGGGCAAAACGAACCCAAGGACGAGUUAUUCCACAAGCUAGAACUGCUCACACCACGGGAAUUGUCCCGGCAACUGACGCGCAUAUACGUCUACAACAUGAAUAGCGCGUCGAAGAAGUGCCUCAGGCGGAUCCUCCGGGUUGCCUCCAAAUCCGAGACCAGCGUGUUUAGCCCGGCGAAUGUGCAGUACAAUCUCAUGGGGAGCCUGCAAGACCUGCAGUCGCACUUCCAUCUCAGCCAGCUGCAUCUUCCUAAGGAGACCAUCAGCGUGGUGACGGACACGCGCUAUGUGUUCCACCCCAUCACCCGGCUAUCGAAGUCCAAGGGCAAGGUCGAUGUCAUCAUCAAAGUCGGCAAUCAGUUUGUGCAGGUCACCACGACCAAGAAGCAGGAGGUACCUGGCCUGCGCAUGAGCACGACGGUCAACGACAUCUUCCGGCUCGGCGAGGUCGACGAAGCGCCCACCUCGAUCCAGACAGAGGGUGACUCAGCAUUCGGCCUCAGAGCCGACAACGGCAGAAUUGUCAUGUACUUCACGAGCGCUUUGAAGGGCGAAGUCCUGCAGGCCAUCCGUGCCGCAAAAACCAAAUAUGCUAAGGACACUAGGGCGACAAAGUCGUUUGAGCGGCUUAUCCGACCGCAGGACGUACCAGGGACGCUGCUGAACCUGGCUCUGACUAACCUUGCCACCCCUGACGCCGUCUUGAGGUUGUCGUCGUAUAACCUGCUCAGUGCGCUGUGCAAGGCGUUCAAGUUCUCGGCCGCGUCCAAGCUUUUGAGUACGAGGGAAAUCUCGGUGCCGAUGGACCCGUCGCGGUUCAUAAUCAAGAUCAGCAAGAGCCUGGCGCAGACCGAACCACAGCUGACGGCGGAUUUUCUCAAUGAGUUCUUCGUCGGGUGGGAUAGCUUCUUGGACGAGCAAAAGCCCCUGAGCUUGGCGUACAUGGCGCCCUGGAUCCCUGGGCUACGGACGUCAUUGCUAGCGGGCGAGGUUGAGAGCGACAAGGCGAGAGAGAAGAUCGCCGCGUUGUUUAGGAAGCUGAUCGAUGUCGCCCUGUCAGACCUGACGCUGACAUUCGCGCUGGAACAGUCGGUUUGGCCGGUCAUUUACCAGGAUGAGGUGUUGUUGGAUAUCUUCCUUGACGAGAUCAUCAAGACGGCUCUCAACCAUGGGUUCGAGGACGACCAGACUGAAACGUUGACUUCGAUCACCAACGCCAUCGGUACGAUUACCCUGAGAGGAAAGGUCAUCUCGCGCCUGCGGAAAGCACUUAAUCGGUCGUCGCUCCGGGCGACCAAGGCCCUGCCCGACAAUGCGGUCUGGGACGAGAUCUGCGUGCUGCUGCAGUUCUGUCUGGCGCUGUCGUUCGAUAGCGGCAUUCAGGCACAAAUGUACCUGCCGGAGAUCUUCCACGUCGUCACGAUGCUUGCGAACACGGGCAUGCCGGAUGUCAGGGUGGCUGUCCACCGGCUGCUGAUUAACUCGAUUCACUCGGCGUGCACCUCCUUUUCCCUCGACGAGGACAGACUGACCAAGUUGAGGGCAACGCUCGAGACGCUGUCGGACCCGAAAGGCGACAUUUUUGUCAACACGGUCACCUUCAUGCGCGAUGGUGCGUCCAUCUCGACGAAUCAGGAGGCCGGUCCGACGCUGGCCGCGACGGAGAACCUGGCUACGAUUCUUUUUGAAACAUGCGCCGUUGCAGCGCCAUCCGUCGAUAUGGCGAAUGCCUGGCGCUCGAGGUGGAUGAGCCUGGUCGCGAGCACCGCCUUCCAGAACAACCCCGCCAUCCAGCCCCGGGCCUUUACUGUAAUGGGCUGCCUCGCACGUGAGGAGGUUGAUGACGACCUGCUUUACCAGGUUCUUGUUGCGCUGCGCAACAGUGUGGGCCGCUUCGCUGAGGACAGCAAUAGCGAUAUGCUCGUCGCUAUCGUCACCUCCUUAUCCAAGAUGAUGGCCAAGCUGCCGUCGGCCUCCCGCUACGGCUUGCAGCUCUUCUGGUUGGCCAUCUCGCUGCUGCGGCUGGUACCGUCUAACCUGUUCAACUGCACCGCCAUGUUCCUCGAAGCAGUGCUCACGAACAUCAGCACGACCGGCGACAUGCGCGGUGGCGGCGACAAGGUGGUGCCCUACCUACUCCAAGGCCGGAACCAGCUCGAGGAUGCUGCCCUGCCGCUGGAUGACGCCUACGGGAUCCACUUCAACAGCGAGAACUUCCACUACGCCGCGUGCGCGUGUCUAGUGAGGGGGUUGACGGACAGCGUCACCAAGACCACCGCGCUGCGGGUCCUGUCCUCAUUCCUGGAAAUGACCAUUCCCAUGAAGACCAACCCCGGCAGCGCCUCAACCAGCCGAGGCGAACGCGACAUCCACGACCUCGCCGCGUCGCCGUACAUGAUACUCAUCCUGGCGCGGGCCGCCUCGGUCGACGAGCUGCGCGAGCACCUCUGGGCGGCGGGCAUCAACGUCAGCCUCUCGGGCGUGUCGGACCCGGCAGUGCUGCGUGCCGAACAGGAUCUGGCGCGGCUGAAGGACAAAGACCUACUACUCAACACGGCCAUCGAGCUCGUCGACUUCCAGUACCUCGAGGACGCGGUGCAGAAUCGUAGUUUGCAGUGGCUCAACCGUAUUGCGCAGGGCCGGCCGGCCGUUGCGAUGCAUCUAUGUGCCCCCAUCAUCUCCCUCCUCGACGACAUCCUGCUGCACUGCCAGUCGUCAGCGACGCUCGAGUCGGCACACGCGCUACUGCAGACGCUGACGUCCAACCCCCGGUUUUCGGCCUCGUCGCUCGACGCGUCGGCCGCGGCGCUCAAUGACACCCUCGACGACCUCGGCUUUGCCGGCCUCUGGCGCAGCUGCUCGUUCAAUCUGGCACAGGAACAGCAAGAUCGAACGUGUUUUGGAUUGACGGAAAAGUUGAUUGAGCUCAUCAUUAUCUGA